UGUGGCAACACGAGAGGGCACGACGGUUCUCGCUCCCCUUCGUCGGGUAUAUAUACGCCAGAAGAUGUCGUUCCUGCUAUCAGAGCUCCUCUGCACAUCGCUACGACAUGAAGUUCGUCAUCCUCGCCGCCCUUGCCGCUAUGGCUGCCGCUGCUCCCCAGCAGUACGGAGUGGACUCCAGGGAGGUGGUUCCCAUCCUGAGGGACGAACGAGUCCAGGAGGACGACGGCCGCUACAACUUCGACGUCGAGACCGGAAACGGAAUCGUCAUCUCCCAGUCCGGGUCUCCUGUGUCGGAGGGCGCCAUCGCCAGCGCUGGCCAGUUCUCCUACACAGCUCCCGACGGAACUCCCGUUGUCUUGAAAUUCGUCGCUGACGAGAACGGCUUCCAGCCCCAGUCCGACCUCCUGCCAGUGGCUCCAGAAUUCCCUCACCCGAUUCCUCAGUUCGUCCUCGACCAGAUUGCCACCGCUGAGGCUCAGAGAGCAGCCAUCGCCCGCGGAGAGAAGGUGUCUUACGAGUAGAUCUUCCCGCUCGGCGGAUACCUAUCGCUCUAUUAAUAUGUUUCGAGCGACUUCGAAAACCUUCGGCCGGAUGAAGAGUUCGACCGAGGCUUAAACGAUUCUGAAAAUCUUUUCCGAUGCUCCAAUGUUAGGCCCACCAUAUUUAUCAUGAGUUCUUUGCUAUUUAUUGACUGAAUAAAAUGAUAGAAUUUGUG